GGGAGGGGCCGGGCUCCGGCGGCCGAGCUGCUCUCUGGUCCGCGCCCGUGCUCCCGGACCGGGCCAGCUUUCGCGCCGCGGAGCACCGGGGCAGCGGGUUCCCCUUUAACGCCGCCCGCCGGGCUUUCCGCGUCCGCUGCAGCCCUUCCCGCCGCCAGCAGCUCGGAGGGCUGGGAGGCAACGGCGGCCGCCUGCGCCGCCCGCCCCGCGCGCGCCUCGGCCCCGGGUCCCCGCGGCGCGGCCCCCUCGCAGCGCAGGGGCGGGCGACCGCGGACUGGCGGGCGCCGCGCGGAUCCAAGGCGGACGUGUUCAAUGGAAGUAUGCUACCAGCUGCCGGUGCUGCCCCUGGACAGGCCGGUCCCCCAGCACGUCCUCAGCCGCCGAGGAGCCAUCAGCUUCAGCUCCAGCUCCGCGCUCUUCGGCUGCCCGCAUCCCCGGCAGCUCUCGCAGAGACGUGGAGCUAUUUCCUAUGACAGUUCUGAUCAGACUGCGUUAUAUAUUCGUAUGCUGGGAGAUGUCCGCGUGAGGAGCCGAGCAGGAUUUGAAACAGAAAGAAGAGGUUCCCAUCCAUACAUUGACUUUCGUAUUUUUCACUCUCAAUCUGAAAUUGAAGCAUCAGUCUCCGCCAGGAACAUCAGAAGGUUACUAAGUUUCCAGCGGUAUCUCAGAUCCUCACAAUUUUUUCGAGGUGCCACAGUUUGUAGUUCUCUAAACAUUUUAGAUGAGGAUUACAAUGGACAAGCCAAGUGUAUGCUGGAAAAAGUUGGAAAUUGGAAUUUUGAUAUCUUUCUGUUUGAUAGACUAACAAAUGGAAAUAGUCUAGUAAGCUUAACCUUUCAUUUAUUUAGUCUUCAUGGAUUGAUUGAGUACUUCCAUUUAGAUAUGGUGAAACUCCGUCGAUUUUUAGUUAUGAUUCAAGAAGAUUACCACAGUCAAAAUCCUUACCACAAUGCAGUCCAUGCUGCGGACGUCACUCAGGCCAUGCACUGUUACUUAAAGGAACCUAAGCUUGCCAGUUCUGUAACUCCUUGGGAUAUACUGCUGAGCUUAAUUGCAGCUGCCACCCAUGACCUGGAUCACCCAGGUGUUAAUCAGCCGUUUCUUAUUAAAACCAACCAUUAUUUGGCAACUUUAUACAAGAAUACCUCAGUCCUGGAGAAUCACCACUGGAGAUCUGCAGUGGGCUUGUUGAGAGAAUCUGGUUUGUUCUCACACUUGCCAUUGGAAAGCAGGCAAGAGAUGGAGGCUCAGAUAGGUGCUUUGAUACUAGCCACGGACAUCAGUCGCCAGAAUGAGUACCUGUCAUUGUUUAGAUCUCACUUGGACAAAGGUGACUUACACCUUGACGAUGGCAGACACAGGCAUUUGGUUCUACAGAUGGCCUUGAAAUGUGCUGAUAUUUGUAACCCAUGUCGGAACUGGGAAUUAAGCAAGCAGUGGAGUGAAAAAGUAACGGAGGAAUUCUUCCAUCAAGGAGAUAUAGAAAAAAAGUACCAUUUGGGUGUGAGUCCACUCUGUGAUCGUCAGACUGAGUCUAUUGCCAACAUCCAGAUUGGUUUUAUGACUUACCUAGUGGAGCCUUUAUUUACAGAAUGGGCCAGAUUUUCAGACACGAGGCUGUCACAGACAAUGCUCGGACAUGUGGGGCUAAAUAAAGCCAGUUGGAAGGGACUGCAAAGACAACAGCCCAGCAGCGAGGAUGCCAAUGCUGCAUUUGAGUUGAACUCACAGCUAUUAACUCAGGAAAAUCGGUUAUCAUAACCCUGAACCAGUGGGACAGCUCCCUCCUGCAAGAUUGUGGAAAUGUGAAAUGGUCUUGAGUUGAAGAACUGGUUCUGACUGCUGAGGAUUCCAAGGCAAUGAUGCCAGCAUUAUUUAUCAAGAUGUCUUCUGUUGGAUCAUUUGAGCCCACUUUUUAAUGAUAAGACAUGAAUAUACAGCAAUAUGCAUCUGGCUUUUGUAUGAAACCUGAAAUGGAUACGUAAAGCUCAGCAGGAGAACCAGAAUGGAUUAACAAAGGAAGAUCAAGGUGUGCCACGUGCUUUCACAAUGUGUAUCCUUCCAGCCCUGAAACUUGAACUCAACCUCAGCAGCAAUCUUGAUGCAACCAGUCCAAUACAAUAGCGCACCUGUCCUUUCCACUACAUUCUCUCUGAGAAAACUUCAGAAAUGUGAAGUGCCCAGCCUCUGCUGCCUCUGGCAAGAAUCAAUCCAUGUUUACAAAUCAAAUCUGAAAUCUUGGUUCUAAAUUGCCUUGGAGCGUUAUUGUGAAGGAGCCACUGAGGGCUCUCAGCUGAGCUAGACUGCAGCUCUUCGCAGCGUUUGCCUUUUCUUCUUUGGAUGUCAGUGUCACCAACGCCUCCCACUUGCUGUUUUGUUCUGUGCACUGGAGACUGAGAAUUUACCACAGAUACCACAUGAAGCUUUUCACUCCGGCGCUGUUUGGCAAUGCAGAUUCUUUUUUUAACUAUUAGUUUUUAACUUGGGGUGGGAGGGAAGGAACACCAAUGUCUAGCUGUGUUCUGACUCUGCAGUGAAGACACUGCAUGUUGUUUUCACUACUGUACACUUGACCUACACAUGCAAGAAAAAGGUGGAAUGUUUAACAUACCAUAAUCAGCUCAGGGUAUUUGCCAAUCUGAAAUAAAGUGGGCUAGGGAAGUGUGUCCUUCAAAUCAAGGGUACUCAAGUCCCUUUCGCUGCAGUGUGUGAGAGGUGUGUUGUGUUCGGCUGUAUGGAUGUGUGUUUGCGUGCAUGUUUGUGCAUGUAUGGCUGUGCAUGUUCUGUCCAUCCAAGUGGGAAAGGAUUAGAAAUGUAAGCUUUUAUUUAUUGUUUUAGAAUGUGACAUAGUAAGCAGCCACACUUGGGGGAGGGGAAGGUAGGUGAAGCUGUAAGAUUGCUCCAGAUGCCUUAAACUAUGCACAAAGCUAAGUGACCAAACUUCUCAUUUCGAUUUGAAAAGUGCAUUGUUUUCUUGUCCCCUCUCCCUCACUUUGAUGAAAUGUUACCCUUAGGUGGACCUUUUGAUGUGAAUAGAUGUUUUCUAGGAUAAAAUUUAAGGACUGAUUUUAGACUUAAAACAUUCCACUUUUGUAAUUUGUUUUCAGUGGUCUUAUGUAUAGCAAGCACAACUGUAAUCUAGUUUAAGAGAAACGGUGCUUUCUUUGAGUUAACUUGUACCCCUUGUUACUGUUAAAGACUGUUCAUUAUGUUUACAGUUUGUUGCAACAGCCAUCUUCUUGGGAGAAAACUUGAGUGUAAAGCCGUUUGUAAAAGGCUUUCCACACUCAUUAAAACAUGUGCCUGUUGCUGUUACCUUUGACAAAUAAAAACUGGUCUUUUCUCA